AUGAAUAGAUUAACAUCAGAUCAAAAAUCAAAGGUAGAACAAUUUAUUAGCUUUACACAAGCUAAUGAAACCAAAGCCAUUCAAACGUUGAAAGACAACAAGUGGGAUAUUGAGACUAGUGUAGAUAGAUAUUUUUCAAACCCAGCCAACAAACCAGAAGAGCUUACCAAUCCAAAGUUGAUUGAGCAACUCUUUGAUCAAUACAAGGAUGCUGGAGACAAAAAGAUAACUACCGACAAUCUCAGUCGUUUCUUUAAGGCUAUUGGAGCCAACACUGAAACCUUGGAAUUGGCAAUGACAUGGCGUUUCAAGGCCAAGGUACUUGGAGAGAUCUCACAUACCGAGUUUACAGAGGCAUUGCGUACAAUGAGAUGCGAUACCGUUGACAAACUCAAAAAUGAAGUUAUUAGAUUACAAUCAAGUCUCAAGGAUGAAUCGACCUUUAGAGAGUUUUACAGUGCCAUCUUUGAGUUUGGCAAACAACCAAACCAAAAGAAUCAAUCACUCGACAUGGCAGUAGUACUCUGGGAGAUUGUUCUCACCAACCGUUACAAGGAUCUCCCAAUGUGGAUUGAAUUCCUUCGUGAAAAGAAUCAUGGUAUCUCCAAGGACACCUGGGUACUCUUACUCGAUUUUAUCAAGAUUGCAAAUGACGACAUUUCAAAAUACGAUUCCGAUGGUGCUUGGCCUGUAUUAAUCGAUGAAUAUGUAGAUUAUUAUAAUUCUAAAAAAUAA